CGCUUCAACAACUAUCCGGAUCAAAGUCUCCUGCCGGAAAUCCAGUAUGAUUUUCUUCGUAAUCGUGGCACCACCGACAUGUCCUUCGCCCUGCCACAGCUUCAGGAGAAGUGCCAGUACAUGCGCACCCACCUCUACACGACCUUCAUGGGCCCUAUGAAAGCCUCUGGCACGGUGAAUCUCAACGGAUUGUGGAAAGUCAUUCAGAAAUUCGGUUGCCCGCUGCUCUUCACCCACAUGGCUGGACCAUUUUCAUCUCAGCUGCCUUCAAUAACUACUGAAGCUGCGAUUGACGGACAAGAUCCCGGACAAGGAAGUCCUGGAGAAAACGGGAAUCUUCAACUGAAAUGGAGCGGCCAAUUUUUGCGCAUGGACGAAGAACGACUACCGAAGCGACUGUUCUACGGUCAUGUCGCUGUGGGUUCUUGCUCCCAAGGAGUACAAAGGAGCUGCUACAAGUACACCCUGGUAAGCUUCCUGAAGAGCCUUCCAAUAAACACGACGACCAGAGAGGAAUUCGCGUCAGACCGAUCGACUUGGAGAAGAAAAUUGCAAACAGGCGCAGCCUUCUACGAAGCCAGUCGGAUGACCGCCGCCAAGGCCAAAAGAACCGCCCGCAAUUCACAAACCCAACGAACGGACGCUGCCAACGCCGAAGUCCUUCCAACCUGCCCACGCUGUCAACGCUACUUCAUUGCACGUAUCGGCUUGAUCAGACACCUACGGGCGUAA